UGGGCGAGUGCAGGCAGAUUAUUAGCAGCAGAAAUCAGGAGUAGACGCUGCAAUAGCUGCUUAAGUUAAACAGACCUCAAAGGUCUUUACAUGUUAGAGGGAACAAGAGCAAUAACAAUAAUAACGUUAUGGAUAAAGAAAAGAUGAAGCUGUUUUUGUUGAUUCUCCUCUGCUGUGGCUCAUUCGCAGUGAAACACUUGCUGAAGUAUUUUGUCACUGGAUCCUCUGGAGCUCCGAACAUCCCAGAACUUUUUGGUGUGCUGAUGGUUGAUGGCAUUCAGGUGGGUUACUGUGACGUGAGCAAGAAGAUAUUGGAACCAAGACAGGAGUGGGCGAAGAACAUUUUAGAAAAACACCCUGAGCAACUGGGCUGGUACAAGCACAAGUGUUUUGAGCAUCAGCCAAACUUCUUCAGAGAGCUGAUUUCCAGUUUGAAACAGCAGUUCAAUCAAAGUGAAGGUGUCCACAUUUUACAGAGGAUAGAUGGCUGUGAAUGGGAUGAAACCACUGGGGAGGUUAUUGGUAUAAUACAGUAUCAUUAUAACGGAGAAGACUUCCUUGAAUUUGAUCUGAAGAAACGGACAUGGAUCGCACUGAAACCAGAGGCUGAUGUUACCAAACAGAAAUGGGAUAAGGACCAACCUAGAAUAACACACAAAGAAAAUGAUCUCAAAAACAUUUGUCCAGCGCACCUGAAGAUGUAUGUGAAGCAUGUGAAAAGCUCCCCACAGAAAAAAUCACACGAGCUUAUAAAGUUUAGAGGCUAGUCUUUAUUCACACACACAAACAAUAUGGGGAACUCUGAUUGGACAUAUGUGAACCUAGAAAGUGGGGCAGAGAACAAACAAAAUAAAUACAUAAAAAAUACAAGGUUACAAACACAAAACACAAACUGAAGCUGAAAAUAUAUGCAUGAGUUAUUUUGUGAACUAAAGUCAAUUUUAUUCUUUUUUCCUCCUUACACUUUUAAAAAUGCCAGUGCUGCCUCUGAACAUCAUAGAUGUGUGCUAUGAGUUUGAUAUUGAUGUUUUUUCAUGUCUCCCUAUUAAAUGUCUUCCUUUUC